AUGGCGUGUGCAGUGGGCCUGGAGUCCCUCAGGGAGCUGGAACAAGAGAUCAUCCUCCAAGUCCUGUACCGUGAUCGGGCCAUUCAAAGCAUCGAGGAGGAAAGGGUCCGGAAGCUGAGGACGCACCUGCAGCACCUUCGCUGGACAGGGGCGAGGAGCUCGAGCCGCGAGCCCCGGGAGAAGCGCUGCGCCCGCUGCCAGCGCGGGCUGGGGCCGCUGCUGAACCGCGGGGCCGUGUGCCAGGGCUGCAGCCACCGCGUGUGCCCCGAGUGCCGCGUGUUCCCGCGGAGGAGCCGGGCCUGGCAGUGCACCGUGUGCUUUGAGGACAGAAAUGUAAAAAUAAAAACUGGAGAAUGGUUCUUUGAGGAACGAGCCAAGAAAUUUCCAACCGAAGGCAAACAUGAAACGGCUGGGGCGAAACUCUUGCGGUCUUACCAGAGGCUGAGCAAAGUCUCCGUGGUUCCUCCUACUCCACCACCUCUCAGCGAGAACCAGUGUGGUGGCAGCCCCGGCCGGGUGCAGGAACUUGGUCAGUUUAGAGGAUUUAAUAAGUCUGUGGAGAAUUUGUUUCUGUCGGUCACCACCCACAUGAAAAAGCUCUCCAGGUCCCAGGAUGAUGUGACUUCUGACAAGCAUCUUCUGGCCACAGAUCCCAGGCGGUGUGUGGGCCAGACGGAGAGGCGGAGUCAAUCAGACACAGCUGUCAACGUCACCUCUAGGAAGGUCAGCAUACCAGAUAUUCUGAAACCUUUCCAUCCAGAGGAUCCCAAACAGCCUCCUAGUCCUGUUCUGAAGCAAGAGACUCUCCCAUCUAACCCGAGCACUUUCUUCCCUGGACACUCAAGACAUGGAAGCCUGGUUAGCAUUACCAGCACCUGCACAGAGAUGGGUCAUUUUGAACACGCUAAUGUGACUGGGGAAGUGGAAUUUGCCAUUCGCUAUCGCUUUAAAACCCAUUGUUUAGAGAUAUGCAUCAAGGCCUGUAAGAACCUUGCGUGUGGAGAGGAGAAGAAGAAAAAGUACAAUCCGUAUGUAAAGACGUACCUGCUGCCCGACAGGUCCUCCCAGGGCAAACGCAAGACGGGAGUCCAAAAGAACACUCUGGACCCGACCUUCGAGGAGACCUUGAAGUACCAGAUGGACCUUGCCCAGCUCAUGACCCGGCAGCUGCAGGUCUCUGUGUGGCACCUGGGCACCCUUGCCCGGAGGGUGUUUCUUGGAGAAGUCAUCAUUCCUCUGGCCACAUGGGACUUUGAAGACAGUGCCACACAGUCUUUCUGCUGGUACCCACUUCAGACCAAGACAGAGAAACCUGAAGAAACUCUUCCUCAGAAUCAUGGUGAACUGGCUGUACGGGCCAAACUUGUCCUCCCUGUGGGGCCAAGACAGCUCCAGGAGGCCCAUGAAGGGACCGAUCAGCUGUCACUUAAUGGUCAACUCUGUCUGGUUGUGCUCGGAGCCAAGAAUUUGCCGGUGCGGUCAGAUGGUACCCUCAACUCAUUUGUUAAGGGUUGCCUUACUCUGCCAGACCAGCAAACACUGCGACUUAAGUCCCCAGUGCUCAAGAAGCAGGCCUGUCCCCAGUGGAAACACUCCUUUGUGUUCAACGGUGUGAGCAGGUCUCAGCUAAAACGAUCGAGCCUGGAGUUAACCGUCUGGGACCAAGCCCUGUUCGGUAUGAACGACCGCCUGCUCGGGGGAGCCAGGCUUGGCUCAAAGGCAGGUGCGGCUGGAGACGCGGAUUCAUGCUCGCAGUCAAAGCUUCAGUGGCAGAAAGUCCUGUCCAGCCCCAACCUAUGGACUGACAUGACACUCACCCUGUACUGAGGCGCCGCCCGC